AUGGUGAAGAUCAAGUCAAUUGAAUAUUUCCGGGUAAAGCCCCGCUGGUUGUUCGUCAAGGUCACCGACGAAGAGGGCCAAUAUGGCUGGGGUGAGGGGACCCUUGAGGGUCACUCCCUAGCUGUUGAGGGAGCUUUGGAUGAGAUUAUUACUCGGAUUGUUGGCUACGAGGCAGAUGAUAUCGAGCACAUCUGGCAAACAAUAUGGCGAUUGGGAUUCUACCGCGGAGGACCAGUCUUUAUGUCUGCCAUCUCGGGUAUUGAUAUUGCCCUUUGGGAUCUUAAGGGUCGGCGAUUGGGUGUUCCAGUCUACCAAUUGCUGGGCGGAAAGGUGCGCAACAAGGUGCAGGUAUACGCUUGGAUCGGAGGAGACCGACCGAGCGACGUGGAAGCUGCUGCCAAAGCACGCAUUGCCCAAGGUCUGAAAUGUAUCAAGAUGAACGCCACGGAAGACGUCAACUGGCUCGACUCGCCCGCCGUCCUAAAAUCCUGCGUCGAGCGUCUGAAGCAAGUCAAGGCCCUAGGUCUUGAUGCCGGCUUAGAUUUCCACGGUCGUCUCCACAAGCCAAUGGCCAAGCAGCUGGCCAAGGCACUAGAGCCUUACCAGCCUCUUUUCAUCGAGGAGCCCCUACUGUGCGAGCACCCCGAGGCACUCAAGCAGCUGUCUAACUCCACAACGAUCCCGAUUGCUUUCGGAGAGCGCCUAUACACAAGAUGGGACGUGAAGAGAUUCCUAGAGGACUCCUCCGUGGAUGUCUUGCAGCCAGAUAUUGCUCAUGCCGGUGGAAUUUCGGAGACGAGGCGUAUUGCAAGCUUGGCGGAGACCUACGACGUGGCUAUUGCACCUCACUGCCCGUUAGGCCCUAUUGCAUUCGCUGCGUCGUUGCAAAUUGCAGCUUCGACCCCCAACUUUGUCAUCCAGGAGAUGUCCUUGGGUAUGCACUACAAUGUGGAAGCAGGUGAUAUCGACUUGAAUAGUUAUGUGGUCGACAAGAAUGUGUUUGAUAUUGAAGAUGGAUAUGUGGCGACGCCUAUGAAGCCGGGUAUUGGAAUUGAUAUUGACGAGGAGAUGGUUCGCCGCAUUAGCAAGGAGACUGAGCCCUGGCAGCCCAAGGAGUUCCAUGGCCCGGAUGGAUCAAUUCGCGAGUGGUAG